AUGGAUGUGACUCCUAUAGAACUUCGGCGAGACGAGCAGCAAGAAGAAGCAAGGAGCUCUGAUGUUGAUGAGUAUGACCCAGCAAUGACCUUGUCCGAGACUGGUGAGGGAAAAGAAAGCGUGAAUAACGGUUCUCCAUCUCUUCAGCCUGAAAGGCAAAAGUCAGACGAGUCUGGGGAAACCGCCAGCUCGAGAAGCUCCACUCCAUCUGUGACAGUUGAUAGCGCAGUGGAAGGUACCAAAGAGGACGUGGAAUCUUCGGAUGACGAGUAUGAUCCGGAAAGCGUUAACCCAUCGCCUGAACCUGAAACUACCAGAACGAAAGAUUCACAGGAAGAGUCUGAUGACGAUGAUUAUGAUCCAGAACAAGGCCUAGAAACAACUUCCGAUGGUGAAGGUUCCUCUUCAACGUCUAAGCCAGCUGGAAUUUCUUCGCUACCGUCGAAGCCUCCAGUGAGCGCUGGCUCUGCCACUGUGAAUGAUCCAGCGACUCUGCUUCAAGAGGCAUAUGAAGCCAUCAUGCAAAGCGAUCUUGUCAAACAACCUGAAUUUAAAAGGUUGACCCCGGAACAGCAAAUGUCGCUCAUUGACCAACAGCUCAAAGCAAAGGGCAUUUCCUUGCCUCAACUAGACCCCCACGCAAACAACGAUGCGAGAAACGACCCGGACUCUAAGAACCCAAGCGAUUCACAGAACAAGGAUUGUAGAAGACCAAAUAUGAGUCUUCCAAUGUCUGCCAAGGAAGAAUCAGACUUCGUGAAAUACACGGAAACAGAGGUCAAAUAUUCGAACAGAAGGUUGUUGGAUAACCUCCCAGAAAAUUCCAGGCUUUUCAUAGGCAAUUUGGCUUCCAAUUCGGUAUCCAAGAAGGAUCUCUUCAGGAUUUGCAACCAGUACGGCGAAGUCCUCCAUAUCUUGAUCAAAGGUGGUUAUGGCUUUGUUCAGUUUAAAACUGCGGAGCAGUGUGCCGCAUGUAUCAAGGGAGAAACUGGCGUUCCUCUUCACGGCAGGGUUAUGCGUCUAGAUGCUUCGUCUGGUAACAAAAAAUCCACAGGUGAGCAAGUCAAAUUCCGCGAGAGAGUUGCCGAGAAAGACGAUGAUAAUGAUGAAGCCAAUGAGAUACCUGCCCAUUGCCAUCUAUUUAUCACAAUCGACAGUACUCCUCGCCUUGUAAAGGAGACCACCAACGCUUUCGAGUCAGCGGGGCUUACUCUCAAAGUUGACGCCAUUGGUGAUGAAGAGUUGACAGAGGCGAUACCUGAUGCAGCAUACUCUGGAGUCCUUGCUGCUUGCAUUAUCAAGGAAUCAAAAGUCGACUUGCAAACCUUUGAGGAAACUGAGGAAGGCGGAAUCAAGUUCGAUGAAUACGUCGACCUUUCUCCGCUGGUAGCUGUUGAUGUUGUCAAGAGGAUGCUUCCGCCUGAUUCAGCUUCAAAUUUAAAGCGAACACACGAAGAGACACAAAAAGAUUAUGAAAAUAAUGAAUCUCCAGAGCUGCACCAUCCCCAUCACCAUAGAGAUAGCCAUCAUUCCAAGAAGCAGAAAAAGAAGGACCGCCAGAGAGAGCGUCGGGCCAACCAAGGUCACAACGGACACCAUACUUCGUAUUCUCCGGUGCCUCCUGCCUCUCGGCAUCAGCCUUACCCAUCUAAUCCAUAUGGAUUGCCACAACCUCCACCUCAUUAUCCACCUCACGCCGCAUAUCCAGGGUAUGGUCAAUACCCAAACGCAAAUCCGCAAGGUAACUUUUCACCCGGCUCAGCUUCUCAGAAUUUUGCUGAUCCAAGCGUAAUUCAAAUGCUUCAAAAUCUUGAUCCGACAACCCUUCAACAAGUCAUUGGUUUCAUUCAACAGCAGCAGCAGCAACAACAGCAACUGCAACAGCAUCAACAAUUUCAGACUUCUGCAUACCAACAACCUGCGCCACCUAUGCAACAGCAAUAUCAGGGUGGGUAUACUGGUGGGUAUGGUCAACCAGCUCACCCACAGCCACCUCCUCCUGCCGUUCAACAACCUGGUCAGUUGAAUGUGCUUCUCUCUCAACUUCAAACCUCCCAGCAACCUUACCAGAACCAGGGUACGCCUCCGGCAGCACCGCCCGGUUCCCAGCAAUCUCAGCAACAGCGUCCUCAACAGCCCGGACAGUCGUCAACGUUGAUGGACAUGCUUUCUAGAUUGAGUAAGCAGUAG